UUUCGAUAAUUCGAUAUUUUUAUAAACGUUAGGAAAAUUACAAAUAGAAUAGUCAAUAUUGCAAAUAUUUCUACGGAAAAAUGUUUAUGUUUCCAGAACCACCUCCACUCGAUUAUUAUAUAACCGAUAUCUCGCCGUCUUAUUCGACAGACGGCAUAUUUUAUCACGGACGAGCAGCUGCCGGUCAUAAACAUAUUGCCAAGCAACUAAAACCGAUCAAAAGAACUUUACGCGACCCGAUAGCGCCACCGCAGGAAUUAGAUUCGCGUACUUUAAGCCGGAUUCUUAAGAAGGAGAAGGGAGAAUACGUGAAUCCUUGCGGCAAGGAUGAUGGAAUGGUUUACGAUAUUCUUAAAUGGAUGCCCAAAUGGAAACGGAAGGGAAGAGAAAAAUGUAUGUUUUAAGGUCAGUCGUGACCCAGACCUUGGUAUUUUUUAAAUAAAUUAAUUAUCACUGUAAGUAAUAGAUUUCUUUUAAUAACAAUUAGAAUGUCGAGGUCAGAGGUGUUUUAUCUGGUCUUGUACAGACAGAACGGUCCUCUGUAGUUAAGAACCGUCUGGAAUAUUAAUUGUUCCCCAUUUAAAGUAAUGAAGGAAUACAUCGCGGGCUGGCAAUUUCGACCAAUCGAAUAUCGGUCAUAUAAAUAACGGGACGUCCGAGAAGCAAUCUAUGAUGAAACGAAUUGUUCACGACGCUAAUUUGCUAAUGAGUCGCGAGUGAUUUGCAAUUCAAUUUCAACGUUUGAAAAAUUAGUCCGAUUGCUAAUCGUCGAUCCGUCAGCCAGCUACGUCGAUGAACUCUUUCCUUUCAUCGCGAGUCGAUGACACUUUAAAUAAUCGAACAAAUUUUAUUCAGUUUCCUUCUCCACGUUUCCACGAUCGCAGCAGUAUGAAUUAUCCCAUAUCCGCGAGAUACAAUCAAAAAAAUCAGCAAAAUGUAAAACGACGGAGACAAAACGCGAGGAAAAAGAGGAAGAAGAAGAAAUGAAG